CAGCUAACCUGCCGUAGUUGUUCACAAGAAGAAGUAUGUGUACUGACGAUGGAUCCUCAUGGGCCCUUUUUAGCAAUGCAAUGUCACCGGUUGUAAACACGGUGUCAGCGCGUGUCUGAACAGUGAAGGGACUGUCUUGUGUUUCGUGCUUUCACCGCACAGGGGCUGCAGAGGCGGUGGACGACUUCACAGGAUGGUGCAGCUGCAUGUGAAGCGCGGAGAUGAGAGCCAGUUUCUUUUUAACUCCACUGUGGACGCGCCACUGGAGACGCUGAUCCGGCAAAUUACAGCCAUCUACAACGGGAGACUCAAAGUGGACAGAUUAUGUUCAGAGAUCCCAGAGCUGGCAGACCAUGGCAUCACGCUGCCCCCCAACAUGCAGGGGCUGACAGAGGAGCAGAUAGUGGAGCUGAAACUGAAGGAUGAGUGGGAAGACAAGUGUGUGCCCAGCGGAGGGCCAGUAUUUAAGACUGAUGAGGUUGGGAGGAGGAACGGACACGCUCCAAAUGAUAAAAUGAAGGAGGUGUUGAUGAGAACGUUGGAGGAUGCAAAGGCACUCAUCUCCAAAAAACAAGUUCAAGCUAAUGUUUGUGUUACCAUGGAGAUGGUAAAAGAAGCCCUAGAUCAGUUAAGGGGUGCGGUCAUGAUCGUAUAUCCCAUGGGGCUGCCUCCUCAUGACCCUAUCAGGAUGGAGUUUGAGGACCGGGAAGACCUUUCAGGAACACAGGCAUCUCUGCAGGUGAUCACAGAGGACGAGUGCCAGCUAUGGUGGGCUGGCAAAGAGAUGCAGCAGGGGAAGAAACUGCAGGACUACAUUGGCAAAAAUGAAAAGACGAAGCUUGUGGUCAAAAUCCAAAAGAAAGGGCAGGGUGCCCCAGCGAGGGAGCCUGUGAUCACUGAUGAGCAGCAGAAACAGAUGAUGAUGAAUUGCUACAGGAGGCAGGAGGAGCUCAAGAAACUGGAGGAGGCAGACGAUGAUGGCUACCUGGACUCGACGUGGUCAGACAGACAGGCCCUCAAAAAACAGUUUCAAGGCCUGGCCAACAUCAAAUGGGGGCCGAGAUAAAGAGCACUACCUCAGAUACCCACCUUAGAGCUGCUGCUCUGACCUGGUCCUUCACAGCUCUAUAUGCAACUGACUAAGAUGCCUUAUCACAACCCUGAAAUCACCUCUGCUCUGUGUUAUUUGAGGUCUUCCAGAUGUGUUCAUAUACCUUGGAGUGGGUUUGUUUCUGAACUAAAAUGUGAACAAGAAAUCUGGACAGUAUGACAUAUAUGAUGCCACAUUAAGGCAGAUGUCGUGAGAAACCUGAUUUAUUUGAACUUAAAUGUAUUCCUUUACCCAUUGUUUUAACCCUGUUCAUUUUUUAUUGUGCAAACUAUUGUUACUGUGCAAACAAAAUAAAAUUUAAGUUUAAUCUAAA